AUGCGGAGACGUUGGGGGGCUUGGGAUCGUCGCCCCGGAGGAAGGGGUCUCGGAGGCAACAGACAAGAUCCGGGCGGAGCCAACCACCUCAAUAUGCAAGUUGAACCUCUGGAGUCAGCGAGUCAUUGCCAGCCCUCCCGAUCUCACUGUUUCGUGGACAAAGAUGAACUUUCAAACAGUCGACGUCCACCGAGCUGCUCUAGACGGCACAACCAUACAUACUAG